UUUUUUUUUUUAAAAAAAAAAAAAAAAAAAAUCUAAUAAAACAACCCUUUUUUUUUUUUUAUUUCUUCCCCUACUCUUGCUUCCUUACAUUUUUUUUUUUUUUGUAAUCUAUAUCUCCACCCACCCACCCCCUUCUCUCCAUUAAAACAAUGUCCAUUACUGCUUUACAAACUUUAAAAAAUUCCAUAAACAAACGUUGGAUUGCUGCUACUGUGGCUGCUAAAGAACCAAAUUUUAAAACAUUUGAAAUUUAUCGUUGGAAUCCUGAUAAACCCACUGAAAAGCCUAGUCUUCAAACUUAUAAAGUCGAUUUAAAUAGUUGUGGUCCUAUGAUUUUAGAUGCUCUCAUUAAAAUUAAGAACGAACAAGAUUCCACUUUAACCUUCCGUCGUUCAUGUCGUGAAGGCAUCUGUGGUUCUUGUGCAAUGAACAUUGAAGGCGGUAAUACAUUGGCCUGUAUUUCGAAAAUUCAUAAAGAUACUUCCAAAUCAGUUAAAAUCUAUCCUUUACCUCACAUGAACAUCGUUAAGGAUUUGGUUCCUGAUUUGACUCAUUUUUAUAAACAAUACAAGAGUAUCGAACCUUAUCUCAAACAGACCCAGGGCCCCUCAGAUGGUAGAGAAAAUUUACAAUCGAUUGAGGAUAGAAAAAAAUUAGAUGGUCUCUAUGAAUGUAUCCUCUGCGCUUGUUGUUCUACCUCUUGUCCUUCCUACUGGUGGAAUCAGGAGGAAUAUUUGGGUCCUGCUGUCUUGAUGCAGGCCUAUCGUUGGAUGAUCGAUUCACGUGAUCAAUUCGGUCCUCAACGUCGUGAGAAGCUUCAGAACAAGAUGUCACUUUAUCGUUGCCAUACUAUCAUGAAUUGUUCAAAGACCUGUCCUAAAGGUCUUCAACCUGGUACAGCUAUUGCAAAGAUUAAAUUAAUGAUGGCAACUGAAUAAAUUAUUAUUAAAGAGCAAUGAAUAAAAUAUUAAUUCUACACACAUUAAAUGUAUAU